AUGAACACAGAAGACUACCGAAAUGAGGUGUUGAGACAAUUAAAUAACGACACAUAUUACGAGAAAUGCACGGAUGAUCCUACAGAUGCAGUACAGCAUAAUAUUUCCGACUGUUUGGAGGACUUGGAAAAGACAAAUAGCCAUAUUCAUAAUGAAUUCGAUACAUUUCCAGCGGACAUUCGUACCCCUUGUUUCUAUGUCCUGCCAAAAAUUCAUAAACGUCCAGACAUCAAUUUACCUAUACAGUACCCUGGCAGACCUAUCGUCUCAGCGUGUAAUUCGCCAACUGAGAACAUUUCUAAGUAUAUGGACUUUGUACUUAAACCGCAUAUGAUUAACUUGCCGUCAUACGUGAAAGACACUACUGACUUUAUUAAUAAAGUGAAAAAUAUGAAAAUUAAAAGUAAAAACACAUAUUUGGUAACACUAGAUGUAUCAUCUCUUUAUACUAACAUUCCACAUAAUGACGGAAUUGACGCCUGCAAGUAUUUUCUACAACAGGACAACCAUAACAGCAAAUUAUCGACAGAAGAAAUUUCCCAUUUGCUGAAACUUGUACUCGAAAAUAACUACUUUAAAUUUGGCGACAAUUAUUACCUCCAAAGGAUGGGCACGGCCAUGGGUAGUUCUAUGGCACCAACCUAUGCUUCCCUGUUCAUGGGCAAGUUUGAACAUGACUUCUUCCAAACUCGGGACAUUAAACCAACACUGUGGUUAAGGUUUCUUGAUGAUGUGUUUAUGAUAUGGGAUCAUUCGCUUGACGAGCUGCAUUCAUUCAUCAAUGAAAUAAAUAGUUUCCAUCCGAAUAUUAAGUUUACUCACACCAUAUCGAAUAAAUCCGUUUCCUUCUUGGAUGUUCAAGUAUCGAAAAGCGAUUCGCUUCAAACUGAAACGGAUAUUUAUGUGAAAGAAACAAGCAACCAUCAGUAUCUCGACUACACUUCAUGUCAUCCGAAAAUGUGCAAGGACGGAAUUCCUUACAGCCAGGCCAAACGUUAUAGGAGAAUUAUAUCGGACGACGAUUCAUUUAAUUCGUCACUUCAUGAAUUACGUGACUUCUUUUUAGACAGAAAUUAUCUUAAAUCUGUGACAGAUGCAGCUUUUGAAAAAGUAUCACAUAUGACACAAAGUGACGCACUAAAUUCCUCAACCAGAGACAAGAAAAAUUUACUCCCAUUCACAGUGCCACAAAUUUGA